AUGCACUUUUACAAAGCUCUCCUCGCAGUCCCAGCAAUGGUCGCCCUUGCUACCGCAGCCACCUUGCCGAUUGAAAACCGGGCUGCUACGGACAACUGCCAGGACAACCUGGGUGACUGCUACUCCAACGGCUGUGCAGGUGUCUUCGAGAACCCCAAUGAUACCACUGGUCAAUGCACCGCUGGUACCUGGAAAGGCUGCCCGUGCGAAAAGUGCGGUGGUGGAAAUGGAUAUGUUGGGGCCUGUGAUGCGAACGGAUGCGCGGGAUAUCAGGGCGUUUGCAUGUCCGGCGACUACCAGGGUUGUGGCUGUAACUAG